CUCUGCCCCUGCGCGGGCCUCGCCCGCUGGAGCGCUGCCGGCGCCGCGCGAGCUGGGGAGACGAGGAAGCUGCUGCGCCCUGGGGCCGCUGCUGCUGGACCCUUAGCGCGCGCGCGCCGAAGUGGCUGCAAAAACGCCGUCACGAGCUCAGCGUCGCCCCUGGCGCCUCUGGUGUGGGCGGGAAGUUUGUCUUUUUCUGCUUGCCGUCACUACGUUGUCCAUAAGGUAGAGGCGCUGCUGCAGGAAGGAGCGGAGUCCCGCCCCCCCCACCCACCCCCGCACAGGAAUGUCUGAAAGUCAGGGGACAAACAAUGGAAGCCACACCAGCAAGAUUGGUUCCAACAGUGGCAGCUCUGCUGUGUGCUUUGGGCAGUACCGGUAUACGGCAGCUGAAUACCUGGCCAUCCAGAAUGCCCUGCGUCAGAGGCUGGGUCCGGAGUACAUCAGCAGCCGGCAGGCUGGUGGAGGACAGAAGGUUUGUUAUAUUGAGGGUCACAGGGUCAUCAGUCUGGCCAAUGAGAUGUUUGGCUACAAUGGCUGGGCUCAUUCGGUCACUCAGCAGAAUGUUGAUUUUGUUGAUCUCAACAAUGGCAAAUUCUAUGUGGGAGUUUGUGCAUUUGUGAAAGUCCAACUCAAGGAUGGAUCGUACCAUGAAGAUGUGGGUUACGGAGUGAGUGAGGGCCUGAAGUCUAAGGCAUUGUCCCUAGAAAAGGCAAGGAAAGAAGCAGUGACGGAUGGACUGAAGAGGGCACUCAAGUGCUUUGGAAAUGCUCUUGGGAACUGCAUUCUGGACAAAGACUACCUGCGAUCAGUGAAUAAACUUCCUCGUCAGCUGCCUCCUGAGUUGGAUUUGGCCAAAGCAAAAAGGCAAGACUUUGAGCCUGCAAUAGAGAAGGCUAGAUACAGUAGCUGUCUGCAGAAGCAGAGUGCAUGGCAACCCCAGCACUGUGAGAGCAUGUCCCCAUGCAAACCUGGCCAGGAGGCGGCUUCCUUAAGCACAGCUGAGCAGGAGCAGCAAAACAGCUCCAGACAUAGCAUCACCUUAGUCUGUGGGAGUGAUGCCACUUACCAGCGGAAGUUACGGCAGAAGCAGCUUCAGCAGCAGUUCCGGGAGCAAAUGGAGAAAAAACAGCUGACAGUAGCCAAUCCAGUCAGCAAACAGAUAGCAUCUCAUCCCUCACUGGUGAAACACAGCACUCCAGCACAACAGGAACCAACUGCAGAAGAGGAGUUCUUUGCAGAUGACCCUGAGCUUUGGGACAUCCCCCUGGAGACCACUGCUCUCAGUGAUACAGAGAGCCACCGAAAAGCAGUUGUAGCAGCCCAGGCUCCUGCAACACCUCUUGGACACUAUCACAUGACGACUCGCAGCAAGACCCCUCAAACAAUGAACCAUAAGAAACCACAAAUGAGAGCUGCACCAUGGCAGGUGUCCCCUAGGCACAGGCCGUACAGCCCCUCUUCCAACCAAGGUGCACCAGGAUGAAGAGAAAGGAGAAACUCUGGACACUGUGGAGGAUUCCAGCUCCAGCCCUGUAGCAGUAAAAAUGAACCAGAGCGGCAGGCAGGCAGUCUGCCAGUCUCUUAUACACAGGGUGCAGAUCAUGAAGAGAGCUGAAGCACAGGUGCAACUCAAUGGACACUACUCGCAAGAACUCUCCAGUCUCAGGCGCAUGGUGUGCAUGUCUACCCCAGUGGAAUGCACAUAGGGUCCAGCACUCAAAGAAGAACCGUUCUUCCUCAAAAUACAGGGAAGAUGCUCACCAGUGCUGUAUCUGCAUACCUUGGACACCUGCCUCUCAACCAGGGUUAAGAGGCUUGCACAACAAUUAUCGCUGGCUUGCUACUAAGGUUACAACAGGGACAGCAUCUGGGAUAACCCAGGUGUGCUGAACGGGUAUGUCUGACAAAAAUCAUCAAAAACCUCAUGAGCGAAAUCACCAUCUCACUACUCAACAAAGCUAGAAGCCAAAACCACUAACUGAAACAAAUGAAGUGGCUCUCUGUUACUCACUUCCCUAGACAUCUCUCUUCAGGACCCUCAUACCUGGAAAGAACAUCAACCUCUCCAAAUCUCGGCUGGAAUGGCUCUUGUUACGAUAUUGAAAAAGACAGACAACAUACUUAUUACCUGUAGCAACUGAGCAAUGUGCUACUGGAGUGAGUAAUGCUAUCCCCUCUCCCAGCACUGCCUAGAAAACAUGAAACCCUCUCCCCACCUAUAGUACCUAAUAAUAGGGGUGUAAUCAUUAGGAGCAAGGAGCCCCAUGCAGCAAUACAGAUGAAGGGGAAGAGAACAGAGGGCCUCUCACAAACAUAUGUGGUGGGAGUUCAAAAGGAACAGAGUAAGAGGACCAUACCGGGUAGUGUGCUAAGGAAAAUGUGAUCGAACAAUGAGAAUUUCAAGCAUGUGUAAUAUGAAAGAGACCUGGAACAAUUAUCUGACAAGGCAGCAAAGCAAGUGAAAGGGUGAAGUUGGAACCCAUAUAAACAGGCAAGAGUGACAAAGCAAAAGGUACUGAAGAGGAGGUACCAAAACAGACAGCAAGAUCACCACAUUCCAUAGUCAAGAGUUCAUGCAGGAACAGCACCUCUCAACCCCUUCCUGAUGGCCAGUCAUCUGCACCCUCCUGCUCAAUACAUUUAUAUAUUGUAUACCCAGUUACAUUUUGGUCUGGAAUUACAGCUCAUACCCUGAUGUAUCCAUGAUAAUCCACAGACACGGGUUUAGGAGAGAGAGGCACAUUUAGUCAAGAGAUACCGGAGUGCGUAUUCCUCUGUAAAUGUGCAAUGGGAUUUACAAACAUUUUGAAAUGCUUCCUUUGAGUAGUUUCUGUUGUCUACGAAGUGAUUUUGUUAAUUUAGGAGCACCUGUCUCAGCCUCACAGCAGGGACAGAGUAGGAUUAACCUGUGCUGUAAAACAUGAGCUAAUAAAUAAUAAUACAGGGCUCAUUUCUUAUCAACAGCAUCUUAUUAAACAUUCUCAGGG